AUGGACUCCAAGAGUUCGUCGGCUGCUCUCUUCCUCUCUCUCAACUUUCUCUUCUUUGCCCUAGUGACUGGGUGCAACACUUGUGUUCAGCCUAAGCCUUUCCAAAAACCCAAACCAAACCCUACUGUUUCAAAAAAUAGUUGCCCUAGAAAUGCCCUAAAGCUGGGUGUCUGUGCCAAGUUGCUUGAUGGUACAAUUGGUGGGGUUGUUGGAAGCCCACCAGAUACACCUUGUUGCACAGUACUUCAAGGACUUAUUGAUCUUGAAGCAGCCGUGUGCCUCUGCACUGCUAUUAAAGCAAACAUCCUCGGCAUUAACAUUGAUAUCCCAAUCUCUUUGAGCUUGCUUAUCAACACAUGUGGGAAGAAGCUCCCCUCUGACUUCAUCUGUGCCUAA